AUGUACAUACACAGAAAUACACACACACAGACACAUGUGCAUACAUACACAGACACAUGUACACACAGACACAUGUAUGUACAUACAAACACACACACACACACAUACAUGUACAUACACCCAGACACAUGUACAGAUACACACAUGUACAUACACACAGACACAUGUACAAUUGUACAUGCAUACACAGACACACACAUGUACACGUACACACACACUCUACCCCCCCCCAUAAAAAGUUGCAGUACUUCGUUGUUCACUCCCAGAUCCGGGUACUGCACUCUAGGGGGAGGCAGAGAGCACAACACACACUCCUUGCUUUGCUUUCACUGCACUCAGCUAUUGAGCAGUCUAACGGCUCCCAGUGCCAAUGACAGAUCCAGCCUGAGCUCUGAGCCUGCUCAGCAAGACGGCCCUGGGGGACACACUCGCCCCCACCAUAAUUUCCACUCGCCAUUGGCGAGCAGGCAAGUGGAAAUUUCAAACCCUGACCUAAGGGGU